AUGUUGAAGAUGGCGGCGGAGGGAGGUGGGAAGGAGGCGAACGAAAUUAAAACUCAAUUCACCACACGGGAGGGCGUCUAUAAACUCCUGCCGAACUCCGAGUACAGCCGGCCGAACCGGGUGCCGUUCAAUUCACAGGGCUCGAACCCGGUGAAAGUCUCGUUUGUGAACGUGAACGACCAGUCCGGUAACGGCGAGAGAAUCUGUUUCAAUGUGGGCCGGGAGCUUUACUUUUACAUUUAUAAAGGCGUCAGGAAGGCCGCUGAUUUGAGCAAACCCGUAGACAAGCGGAUAUAUAAGGGAACGCUUCCCACGUGUCACGACUCCAAUGCGCUGACGGCCACGGCGGAGAGCGUCUCGCUGCUGGUGGGCUUUUCUGCAGGGCAAGUACAGCUCAUUGACCCCAUCAAAAAGGAAACCAGCAAACUGUUUAAUGAAGACAGACUAAUUGACAAGUCCACGGUGACGUGUGUAAAGUGGGUCCCGGGUUCCGAACACCUGUUCCUGGUGGCUCACGGCAGCGGUUGUUUGUACCUGUACAAUGUGGAGCACACCUGUGGAACGACUCCGCCGCAUUACCAGCUCCUAAAGCAGGGCGAGAGCUACGCCGUCCACACCAGCAAGAGCAAAUCAACCCGCAAUCCUCUCCUCCGCUGGACGGUGGGCGAGGGCGCGGUCAACGAGUUCGCCUUCUCGCCCGACGGGAAGUUUCUCGCCUGCGCCGGUCAAGACGGAUUCCUACGGGUUUUCUGCUUCGACACGGCAGAGCUGCAAGGCACCAUGAAGAGCUACUUCGGCGGGCUCCUGUGCGUCUGCUGGAGCCCAGACGGACGGUACGUCGUGACCGGCGGGGAAGACGACCUAGUGACGGUUUGGUCGUUUUCGGACUCUACGGUUGUCGCUCGAGGACGAGGGCACAAAUCGUGGGUGAGCGUCGUGGCGUUCGAUCAUUGCAUCACCAGCGUUCAGGACAGCGAAGCUCCAGCGGAGUUUAGCGGAAGCGACGAAGACUUCCAGGACCAAGUGCAGUCCAACGGAAGUCGCGAACGGGCGAAUAGCACGCAAUCUAGAAUCUCCAAAAGAAACUCUACGGGCAUUAGCGUGACUUACCGGUUUGGCUCGGUAGGUCAAGAUACGCAGUUAUGCUUAUGGGACCUUACAGAAGACAUCCUGUUUCCGUUAUCCAGAACGAGGACGCAUACGAACAUCAUGAGCGGGGAAACCAGCACCAACGGGAACAAUAGCGCAACUCCGUCGAACUCUCCUUUACCGCGCUCGAAUAGCUUGCCACAUUCGUCGGGCAACAGCCCGAAAAGCGUCGUAGACAGCGCUUUGAUCGCGACUGGCGUCAGCAAAUUCGCCACGUUAGCUUUGCACGAAGCGCGUAAGGAGCGGCAUCAGGAGAAGGACCACAAACGCAAUCACAGCAUAAGCUACAUCAGCAACAAGAGCAGCGACAAGCUCAACCAGCUCAUCGGCACGCAGAAGGCCAAAACGGACGGCGCUAAGACGCUGGGAACGACUUUGUGUCCGCGCAUGGAGGAAAUCCCCCUGCUGGAGCCGCUGGUUUGUAAGAAAAUUGCCCACGAGAGACUCACUGUGUUGAUUUUCCUCGAGGACUGUCUGGUCACCGCCUGCCAGGAGGGUUUCAUUUGCACGUGGGCACGACCUGGAAAAGUGGGCCUGUUGUCAUCCCAAAACCCAGCUAACUCUCCCAGCGGGACAGUCGUAUAGCUGCUGUAACCGGACAUCCCGACACAGACCGUCAGACGCAUUAUAUCAGCCGUGUCACGUGUCUGUCGUCAUGUUUACUGUUCACAUCGAAGCCUGUCAAGAUCAUAUUUCACCCUAAGAUCAACAAAGAAAGUAUAUUUUGCAUAAACAAAAUUAAGCCUAAUUUAAAACCAUGCAUUAUUGUCUUGACAAUUGAACACGUUUUCUGUCUGAUUCUUAUUACUGUGAUGCAAUAUAUUGUGAAAUACAACUGUAAGUACCCUAAUAGUAUUUAAUUUAUGAUGAGUUUAAUUAAAAGCAAAAUAAUUCUAAACAGGAGAGUUUUCACUACUGUAUUACAAUAAUGUUUUUCACAUUUCAAUAAGCUACCGAGAGUUGGGGGAAAUGUGUGUAAUUGUCAUGAAAAUAAUGAAAACGAAUGGUGAUUUGGGGUGAAACGUUGUUCUCGGCAGGUUUUGAGAGUUAAACUGAUGUUCAGUGUUGUGUUGAGUAUUUUCAGUAAUUAGCAUCGUUUCCUCUUGGUUCGUGGUGUGUGUUUUAUAUCCAGCGUAGUUCAGAGAAUCACAUUCCAUUCCUUUCACGUUCAUGCCGACCCUCCGUUUGUCCUCACUGGAUUUCUGAGCUCAGAACAAACAGGCUGUCGAGUUGUUUUGCACUGAUUGUGUUUUUCUCAUAAUUGCAUUGGAACAAAAACGCGCCGGAAGCCGCUGAUGCGUUUCGUAACGGCGUGUGGCUUCGCUCCGUCGGCGCUGGAUGUUGCAAUCAUACUUUUGUUAAAGAGUGAAAAUCAUUUGCACUAAAUAAUUAGAAGAAAAUGGCUUUACAAAUGUGUGGAGUCGUAAAGGACUCCCUGGAAAUGCUGUAAAAGUAUAAAGAGAAUUAAAUAUCUUUUGUGAACAUUUAUUUUAAUAUUGUUUCAAACGAAACGGGUUAUUGUACAGUGUGUAAAUACUGUAAAUUACGGAUUUAUGAUGGAUUGAAAUAAUAAUUACACAAAAUAGAGAACAGUUGUAUUUCUAAUACAGAGGAAUUUAUAUAUAUAUAUAAAAUAAAAUUGAUCUUAAUUAAG